AUGUUCGCCAAAACGUGGAUGAUCGUCGCUUGCUGCUGCUUGGCCUCGAGGACGUGGGCCCUGCCAGCAGCCAGUAACGACGAAAAAAUUGCCAACGGCAACGACCUCAUGUCGUCGAUCUACGCCGACUGCGUCAAGAAGGAGUCGCUGUCCUGCAUCAAGUACAAGGUGUUCGCCUUCGUGGAUCGCAUGCUGGCCGACAAGGAGGACAUCAGUUUGAGCGAGGGCAUCACCGUCGUGAAAACGACCCAGACCAACAUCGAGGAGGGAGCGCCCAGGUCCAUCGACUCGACCGAUCUCGAGACGCUGUUGUUCGACCGUCUGGGCAGAUUUUUGCGCACGCACUCGAUCAAGGUCGACCUGAAGGGCAGCGACAUCCUCGGCGCCAUCGAGUCCACCGCGAGGAGCUUCGACGGAAGCUCUGCCGCGGACGAUUCGUCAGCGGCCGUCGAGGGACGCAAGAAGAAGAAGACCCAGAAAAUGAUGGGCCCCAUCAUGAUGGCCAUGGCCAUGAAGGCAGCGGCUCUGCUGCCCCUCUCCCUGGGCUUCAUCGCCCUCAUCGCCGGCAAAGCCCUGCUCAUCGGUAAGAUCGCCCUCGUCAUCUCGACCAUCAUCGGCCUCAAGAAGCUCCUGAGCACGGAGAAGCACGUGACGUACGAGGUGGUGCAGCAUCCGCACCACAGCAGCAGCCACUCGGUGAGCAGCCACGACGACUCGGGACCCCACGGCGGCGGCGGUUUCUCGGCCUCGGGCCCGAGCGGCGGCGAUUUCGGCGGCUACGGAGGCGGCAGCGGCUCGGGCGGACACGGCGGCGGCUGGUCGCGCAGCUUCGCCCAGGAUCUGGCCUACGGCGCGCAGAAACCCGCGGCGAGCGGCAGCGGAUCGGCUUCGAUCGUCGUGCCGUCGGCAUGA